UCCCCCAGUAGCCUCAGACUUUAUACAAACUUCACUUGGUAAAUUCCUUGUCGAUUGUUAUAUUACUUUCUGUUUGGCAUUACUGUCUCGUCCAGCCAUGUCGAGCGAUGCCAUGGCCUUCCUGGCAUUCAGCAUGCACUGCUUCAAGAUCAUCAUCAUCUACUGCGUCUGUGUGAACAUGCUGGAGCAUUUUCUGCAGCGUCUCAACCAGCAAUGAGGAGGAACACACCAUGCCAAAAAAUAUAGUCUGAGACAGAGUCAGAGCAAAGAAGCUCCCUUUCUAGCUCCGUUCUAUCCUUUGUCUUUGGGUCUUCCUCUUUCCAUCCAUUCUGCUUUUCCAAAAGUCGGAGUCAAGAUGGCCAAAUUAUUUGCAUUCAAGCUGAAAAUCGAUGCGAUUUACGCAAAUUACAUACAAUUUUUAAUAGGUUUUUCAUCAGGCAUAAAUUACGAGUACAUCGAGCGAGAAGCAUGAAACGGAAACGGAAAAUGGAAUACGGAAAUUUAAAUUACCUGCAACGUAAUUACACAAAAGAAUAUGCCAAUAAAAAUGACUUAUGUAUCAA